CCGAGCUGGUGCGCGCCGUCAGCGAGCCGGCCGAGAUCGCGGACGCGUGCCGCGCCCCGGCGAGUCCGCUGAUCGUCUCCGAGGGCGACGUGACUAGCUUCCACCGGCGCGCCACCAGCCGCCAGCUGCUGGACGAGCUGAAGCGCCUGUCGGCGCGCGAGGUGCAGGAGGCGCCGCCGCCGCCCGAGCCGCGCCAUCGCCGCGAGGGCUCCGACACCGGCUGGGUGCGUCUUGACCGGCCGGUGGACCUGCGCGACUUACAGGCUCGGUCGAAGAUGUAUGACGUCAUGCUGGCGGCGCGCGACUCCUCCGAUUCGUCCUCGUCGGACAGCGAGAGUGACGUCACGCCGCGGACAGCCAGCGAGUAUCAGCACCUCAAGUGGGUGCACCAGGCACGCAGAAGAAAGCAAGUCUCACGGCGAAAAGAUGGAGCCAUUCGCUACACCCCUGUCUUCCGUCCACCAAUCAUCAACCGGCCAGAGUUCUUCUUCCGCUACGGACCCCAGGAACGCGAGGCGUUGGCCAGGUUCGACUUCCUGGACCGGCUUCCGAGCUGGUCGGCCGGCGAGGGCGCGGCCGGCAGCCGGUGAUGGCUGUGACUGCCGUCCUGCACGCCCCACCCACACAGCCCCCCCCCCCCCCCCCCCGCCUCAGCUCCGGAGCCGAAACGGACCGGGCCGCCACUAGUACAAUAGAGGGAGAGCGCGAGAGGCGAGAGUGAACCAGCCGUACACGUGAGCACACAAAUAUUCACACUUUCCCGUACCUAAGCAUGUUUUGAUAGCAAUUUAAAUAACGUCGCGUCGGGGGAGUGCAGUCAGCUGGCCCAAGAUGGCUGCGCCCUAUGGCGCAUGUACGCGUGCGAGGGAGCCGGUGCGGGCUCGAGGGACUACCUAACCCCAGCGGCCAUGCUGUGUACUGUGCACGUGAUGCAGUGAGUCUCGAGAUUCCCGGUUUUGAAGAUAUGAGCCUGUAGCGAGUCAGCAAUACAUAAUGACAUGUAAC